CACCGACUAUGCAUUACUCCCUCCGUUUCAAUUGGCACCCUCCCUCUCUUUCUCAUUUGUUCAAUUGUCUGUGUAAACGCAUUUGCUUUUCAUACAUGUUUUUGAACAGUUAAAAUUCUCCUUCUCUUCUCUCUCUGUUUGUACACAGUACAACCUGCAUAUAAGUUUAUACAAGUUUCUAAAGGAGUUUCUUUGUUCAAUUUUUUUGCAAGUUUUUAUAGUCAGUUAUUCUUUCUCUACCAAGAAAAUUCCAUUAAAAAAAACAAGAAUCAUUUAACUCACUAUCACAAUGUUACCUAAAACGCCAAUGCUAUUUUCUCUUUUAACCAUUUUCAUCAUUUCCUCUUCCUUCACACAUGGAGUAGCAGAGUCUCAUUUUCGAUUACCACCCAUAUCAGAUGAAUAUAGGGAGGGGAGGAAUGAAGAUGAUGUGGUAAUGUUUUCAAGGGGUACAAAAAGGAUAUUUGCAGAAGGUCCCAAUAUUGCUGAGCCUCCAGUUCUGACUUCUUCACUUAUAUUGGCUCCAAAGAGAACUUACAGAAAAGACCCUUUAAAUGGUUUUAAGAAAUAUACUGGAGGAUGGAAUAUCAAUGAUCGUCAUUACUGGGCUUCUGUGGCAUAUACAGCAGUUCCAUUCUUUAUCGCGGCGCUGAUCUGGUUUGUGAUAUUUGGUCUAUGCUUAUUGCUCAUCUGUCUCUGCUACCGUUGCUGUAGAAGAGAACAUUAUGGAUACUCUCGAAUGGCUUAUGCUCUUUCCCUCAUAUUCCUCGUACUAUUUACCAUUGCUGCAAUCAUUGGAUGUUUCAUUUUGUAUACAGGCCAAGAGAAGUUUCACAGCAGUACAAUUAACACAUUGGAUUAUAUGGUGCAUCAGGCAAAUGCCACAGCUGAUAAUCUUAUGAAUGUGUCUGUUUAUCUAGCUGCUGCCAAACAGCUCGCAGUGGAUAACGUUUCGAUCCCUGCUAAUGUCCAAACCGACAUUGAUUACAUCCAAACAAAGAUUACUUCUUCUGCUAGUACCCUUUCUACUAAAACAGCUGGCAAUAAGGGUGACAUAGAACACCUUAUAGAAUCAGUGAGAGUGGCUCUCAUCAUUCUAUCUGCUCUUAUGCUUCUAUUGAUUGUUCUUGGAUUUGUAUUUUCAAUGUUCGGAAUGCAGGUUCUUGUUUACACUUUGGUGAUAUUUGGAUGGAUUCUUGUCACUGGGACAUUAAUUUUAUGUGGGAUAUUUCUUAUUCUCCACAACGUGACUGCAGAUACUUGUGUAGCAAUGGAUCACUGGAUCCAAAACCCCACAUCUCAUACAGCUUUAGAUGACAUAUUGCCUUGUGUGGACUAUGCCACUGCACAAGAAACAUUAACCAAAAGCAAAGAAGUGAAUUAUAACCUGGUUGAUAUUGUCAACCAGGUUAUUACAAAUGUCUCUAACAUCAAUUUCUCUCCCAACUUUGCUCCUUUCUACUACAAUCAAUCAGGACCUCUGCUGCCAAUCCUUUGCAAUCUGUUUAAUCCUGACUUAACUUCUCACACCUGUUCUCCUGCUGAAGUGGACUUGGAUAAUGCAACUCAGGUUUUGAACAACUAUGUUUGUCAAGUUUCCCCGAGUGGCAUUUGUGUCACACCGGGCCGUUUGACUCCAACUCUCUACAGUCAGAUGGCUGCUUCUGUAAAUGUGAGCUUUGGAUUGUACAAUUAUGGUCCAUUCUUAGUUCAACUGCAAGACUGUGAUUUUGUUAGGCAAACUUUUGGUGACAUAUAUAAUAUACAUUGUCCUGGUCUGCUGCAAUAUAGCAAAAGAGUGUAUGUUGGGCUAGUGAUGGUAACUGUUGCAGUGUUACUUUCUCUUACAUUCUGGAUCAUAUAUGGGAGAGAGAGGCGCCACCGCAUCUAUAAGAAAGAGCAUAUGCACAAACUUGAUGAAGGAAUUGAAGAGGAUAAACCAAUUCAAGAGUAGUCUACUUCACCUUUUGCAAUAGGACUAGCUGAGAGAUGUAUUGUUUCUGUUGUAACUUGUAUUGGGUUUGCUGUAUAUACUGAAAAACUGAUGGCAGUUCAAAGAGCCUAAGGUGUAUUGUAUGUUGAGGUUCCCAAAAUAAUUAGGUGUUGAACAAUCAAUGUGUUUCAAUCAUAGCCAUUGUAGUUUGAUAUUAGUAAACCAGCCACUAGAUUGUUGUUUAGACAAAGACUCCGUUUUUUCCUCGAUGAUAAAUCUUUCUCAGAACAUG